ACGUAAUAUUUUAGAAAACCGUAAAGUUGACAUGUUAAUGUGUUUUUCCGCGCGACGUGCUAUGCAAAGCUUAACGCAAAGAAAUAACUUAGUAAGAGGCAUAGAUUUGUCACCUUUAAGUGGUAUUUCGACCAUAUCUGCAGUAUUAAUUAUUUUUGGCCAUAGAUGGAUUUACCGUUUAAUGGGACCUUUACAAAAUUACGAAGUCAUCGAGCAGGUGUAUUAUAAUUAUUAUAUAUCAAUUUUUACAUCACACAUGGAUUUAUUGGUAGAUAAUUUUUUUGUCAUUAGUGGAGCAUUGAUGGUUUUGAUUCUUCUUGAUCGCCUAGAGACUUCAUUUGUACAUCCUUUAAAAAUAUUAAUGUUUAAAUAUUUCAGAUUUACGCCUGUGUACGCUAUGGUGAUAUUUUUUUUUGCAACUUUUCAAUACAAAAUGGGCAGUGGACCUUUAUGGGAAAAUUUUAUUGGUACAGAUAAAGAUAAUUGUAGGAAUGUUUGGUGGCUGUAUUUGUUAUAUUUAAACAACUACAUUAAACCAGAUACAUUAUGUGAAAUUCAUACUUGGUUCAUGCCUUGUGAAUUUCAUUUUACAAUAAUGGGAAUUAUAUUGACGUAUAUCAUUCAUAGAAGUCCGAAAUUUGGAUUCAAUAUUUUGGUUUCACUUAUUGUUAUAUCAACAGCUAUACUUUUCAACAUUACUUAUAUGAACCACAUACCUGCAAAUCUUGAGUUCAAUGUAGAUUUUGUGAAAAAUGUUACUAGCAAUAUAUACUUCAUGUCAGUUUAUGUAAAAUCGCAUACAAGAGUGGGUCCAUACAUCGUAGGAGCUAUAUUUGGUUAUUUGCUAUAUAAAAGAAAAAAAAAUUCUCCUAAGCUUAGUAUAAUGAAAAGUAAUGUUUUACUAGCCAUUUCUGUAUUCAUAAUGAUGUUUUGUUGGUUUAGUGGUGCUAUAAUUUAUCACCCUUCUUACGUUUAUGAACCAUUUCUAGCUGCACUUUAUGGAUCUACAAUACGAAGUCUUUGGGCAACGGGAAUAGUUACUUUAAUUUACACAUUAAUAUUAGGACCAUCGAAUUUCUUAAAAAAUAUUUUAUCAUGGAAAUUAUUCAAAGUUGUAGCACAUUUAAAUUUCAACGCUUAUAUGGUGAAUUCAAUAUUUCCUGUCACUGAUACUGCAAGUAGAAGAACACCUGAUCAUUUUAAUAUCAAAAUAUAUGUAAGUUUUAUAGUUUCUUAGUACCAAAAAGUGCUU